UCUGAAGAUGGUACAAUUGAUUUUUGGGGCAUCGCGGCCCUUAAACGCGGAUUUGAGGAUAUCGGAAGAUAUGGAGGUAUAAGAGCAAUACAGCAGAAAACACACGCACUAGCAUAUGCAGCAUAUCAGAUUCUAAUGGAACUGAAAUUUCCAAGCGGCAAACCACUUGCAGAAGUUUACUGUUGUCAUAAGAACUACAGUGAAAGUGAAGCGCAAGGGCCAAUCGUUGCUUUCAAUUUGCUCCGGUGUGACGGAUCAUAUACUGGCUACAGUGAAGUAGAAAAAAUGUGCGAUUUAUUCGGUAUCGAAGUGCGCACUGGUUGUUUUUGCAAUCAGGGCGCCUGCCAGAAGCAUCUGAAGCUAACUCAGCAACAAAUUAUCGAUAAUUAUAAGGCAAGUAUAAUAUGUUACAAUGGUGCUGUAUGA